AUGGUCUCACCAACGACAAUCAAGUCCCUCGUACGCGAGCUCACCACACUCUCUCGCACCCCACCAGACGGCCUCCGAGCCUGCUUAUCCGAAACCGACAUCCUUUCUUUCUCAGGCUGGAUUCAAGGUCCACCUUCCACUCCCUACGCUGGUGGAUACUUCCGCAUCACAUUCGACUUCACCGACAUCGACUUUCCCAAUGUACCUCCCACUUUUCGUUUCGCAACGCCCAUCUUCCACCCGAAUGUCUCAAGAAGUGGCGAAAUCUGCGUAUCAAGCCUCAAAAAGAAUUGGAACAGGGAGUAUGGAAUCGAAAGGAUUCUGACAACGAUCAGAUGCUUGAUGAUCGAGCCCAACCCAGAUAGUGCACUGGAUGCAGAGGCGAGUAGGUUGAUGCAAGAGGAUUGGGGUCAGUAUGUGGAGACGGCCAAGUUGUGGACUGGUGUACAUGCUAGUAAGAGGCCAGCAUGUUUCGAGGCGGUGGAGGAACAAAAUAAGUCUGUUCAGCCGCCGAUCAAGACACAAGCACCUCAGACAACAAUCCUGGCUGAAUCCUGUUCAGCUUCGGCUGCAAAGCCAAUGACAAAACCCGCUGUCAAUACAGCCCCCAAACGCGGCCUUCGUCGCCUCUGA